AUGGAGGCGCUGCGGCGGCCGGCGCUGCCCGAGGACGCGGUGCGCUACCGCCUGUUUGCGGCGGCGGCGGCGGCGGGCCCGGGCGGCGAGGCGCUGCUGCGGCGCUGCGCUGAGCUGGCCCUGGUGCGCUUGGCCCCGCUCUUGGCCGCCUGCGUGUGGCAGCGGCAGCCGUUCCGCCUGCGCUACGUGCCGGGCCGCGGUGAGCCGGGAGCGGGGCGGGAGGCGCGGCGGGAGGAGCGCCCGGAGCGGGGGGACUGGGAGGAGGAGCCGGCGGCCGGGAACCGUGAGAGAGACCUGGAGGCCGUAAUCUUGGAGCAUCUGAAGGGGAACCCGGGAGCGUGUGAGGGGGACCCGGCGGCCGGGAACCGAGGGCAUGUGAGGGAGAAUCGCAAUCGUUUGAAGGAACCGGCGGCCGGGAACCGGGAGCUUGUGAGGGCGAAUCGGGAGAGUGUGAGGGACACCUGGCGGCCGGAACCGGAAUCUUUUGAGGGGGGACCUGGCGGGCUGGAACCGGGAACGAGUGAGGGAGAACCGAGGCCAUGUGAGGGGCUCACGGCGCCGAGAAUCGGGAUCUUUGGAGGAGAGACCGGCGGCCGGGAGCUGACGGCAUGUGAGGGGGACCCGGCGGGCUCGAACCGGGAGCGUGUGAGGGGGGACCCGGCGGCUUCCCCGACUCUCGGUGUCACAGCACGGGUUAACCCAGUGAGGCAUCUGGUGCCGCCUCCCCGCUGCAGCGGGGCCAUCCCCGGGCACAGGACACAAGAUUCUGUCAGCAGGGUCUGCGAUAUCCGCAGUGAGGGAGACUCCGCAGCCCGUGUGGACAAUCUGUUGCUGGGCACGGCGUUGCUGAGCCGCCUCUCCUCUCUGUGCCCCGUGCAGGCGAGAUCCCGGCGCACUUGGGCGGCACCGCGGUGUUCGGGGAUAACGUGGAGGAUGAGUGGUUCAUUGUGUAGCUGCUGCGGGCGAUCAGCCGGGAGUUGCCGGGGCUGGCAGCCAGGUGACUGUCACUCGGUGUUUGUAUGCACAGCUGGUGCAGCAGCAGUUUGUUCCAGACAGACGCAGUGGAUACACCCUGCCCGCCCCAGCUCAUCCUCAGUACAGAGCCUGCGAGCUGGGCAUGAAGCUGGGAAUGAUUCCUGGGGCAUUUUGGCCUUGGCUCAUGCAUGUGCAGGGAAUGGGUCCUUGUCUGGAAGUUGCCUGCUUGUCCAGAGAAAUGUGAGCAAAGUCUGUCCCACCUUGAGAACCUCUUGUUGUUGCAUCUUUUGUCUGCAGGCUCAUGGCUUUGAAAUGUUGUGCUCCAAGAGCAGCAAAGUGGCUCCUGAUGCCAAGAGAAACGUGUUAAGGGGUCCCCUGUGGGAGAGAUUCCUCAGGAGCUUGAAGGAGAAGGAUUAUUUCAAGGGAGAAAUGGAAGGAUCAGCCAAGUACCUGGAGCUGUUGCACAUGGCAGAAGAUCACUUCCAGCAAUCUGUUGCAGUGCCAGAAAGCUGUGAUGAAGUGAGCCCAGGUGAUGAAAUCCUGGCACUACUACAGACAACCCCCAUUGAUCUGAAGGAAUUGGAGAGAGAAGCAGCUUGUCUUCCUGCAGAGGAUGAUGACAGCUGGCUGGAUAUGACACCAGGUGCUCUGGAUCAGAUGCUGAAGGAGACAAGAAAUGAGUCCCUUCCUUCCCCAAAAGAGGAGGAGCAAAACUAUGACUUGGAAACAGUUGCUGAGGGCAUGAAGGCUUUUGUGUCCAAAGUGUCCACGGAGGAAGGAGCAGAAAUGCCAUGGUCAUCUGAUGAAUCCCAAGUUACCUUUGAUGUGGAUUGUUUUACAAAAGCUCUGGACAGAAUUUUAGGGGCAGACUCAGAGGAGCUGGAUUCUGAUGAUGUGGAUGAAGAGGAGGAGUUUGGUUUCUCAGAUGAGGAUGAUGAAGAGCUGGAUGCUGGGAAUGGAAGGCAGGAGCAGAAGGUGUCUCCUGAGGAGCUCGUGGGCAGUCUCAAGGCGUACAUGGAGGAGAUGGACCGUGAGCUGGCACAGACCAACGUUGGGAAAAGUUUCAGCAGCCACAAGAGAGGGGUGAGUGUGCCUUGGGCUCUGAUUUGCAGCAGUAAUUUCCAAGCAGGAAAUGUGCUGCAAGUGGCCAUUCUGAGUAAUGGGAUUGAAACCUUCCCACGUGCAAGCAAAGUGUGCUGGACCUGCACCAUCAUACAUUUUUUAUAAACUGAAACUUACCUAAGCUUGGAAUUUGCCCAU